GCCCCAGCAUCUCCUAUUGAUCUCAUGCUCUUAGAACACAUCUCAUUCCUCCCUGGUCAUCUUUCUGUAUCCUCAAGAUUUAUUGGCCUGUGGUCAAAGAGCAGGCAGGAGGCACCAUCUGCUGCAGCACAUUAGCAGAUUACAGCCACAAAUUAUCAAUGGGACAGCCCCCAUCGGCAGUAUUUUGUCUCUAUCCGCUUUCCUUUCUCCAGUAAGAGUGUAGGGGAGGAGAGAGUUAAACACGUAAGCACUGCCAAUGCCUAGUCUGCACUUAGCUGCAAUAUCAGGUCCUGCUUGAUCUGGAGCAAGCUGCUGCCUCCAGCACAGGAUUAUUAGGGUGCACGGUUCUCUAAAGACCCUCUUCUUCUUCUUCUUCUUCCUCUCCAUCAGCGCUCGAAUCCUACCAAGAUGUUGGACCCAUCUUCCAGUGAAGAGGAAUCGGAUGAGAUAGUGGAAGAAGAAAGCAAGGAGGUGCUGGCACCCAGCACAGGGGCCCGGCUCUCUCCUAGCAGGACCAGCGAGAGCUCCGGGGGUCUGCAGCCCAGCAGCAGGAGCAGCAGUGUCCGACCAUCCAGCCCUAGUCCGUCAGUGGUCAGCGAGAAGGAGAAAGAAGAACUGGAAAGGCUGCAGAAGGAGGAAGAAGAGAGAAAAAGGAAGCUGCAGCUCUAUGUGUUUGUCAUGAGGUGUAUCGCCUACCCCUUCAAUGCCAAGCAGCCCACCGACAUGGCGAGGAGGCAGCAGAAGAUCAGUAAACAGCAGCUUCAGACAGUGAAGGAUCGCUUCCAGGCCUUCUUCAAUGGAGAGACUCAGAUUGUGGCAGAUGAGGCAUUCAUGAAUGCUGUGCAGAGUUACUACGAGGUAUUCUUAAAAAGUGACCGUGUGGCCAGAAUGGUGCAGAGUGGAGGCUGUUCAGCCAAUGACUCCCGUGAGGUCUUCAAAAAGCACAUAGAAAAGAGAGUGAGAAGUCUUCCCGAGAUUGAUGGCCUAAGCAAGGAGACUGUUCUGAGUUCCUGGAUGGCUAAAUUCGAUGCCAUUUACAGAGGAGAAGAAGAUCCCCGCAAGCAGCAAGCCAGGAUGACAGCCAGCGCAGCCUCUGAGCUUAUUCUUAGCAAGGAACAACUGUAUGAAAUGUUCCAGCAGAUCUUGGGGAUUAAGAAGUUUGAGCACCAACUUCUCUACAAUGCAUGCCAGUUGGACAACCCUGAUGAACAAGCCGCCCAGAUAAGACGUGAACUAGACGGCCGUCUUCAAAUGGCAGAUCAAAUUGCCCGGGAACGCAAGUUUCCCAAGUUUGUCUCAAAAGAGAUGGAAAAUAUGUACAUUGAGGAGCUGAAGUCUUCUGUUAAUUUGUUAAUGGCUAAUUUGGAGAGUAUGCCAGUGUCCAAGGGUGGGUCCGAAUUCAAGCUCCAGAAGCUGAAGCGCAGUCAUAACACAUCCAUCAUAGACAUGGGGGAGGAAAAUGAAAACCAGCUUUCAAAGUCCGAUGUUGUCCUGUCCUUUAGUCUUGAGGUUGUAAUAAUGGAAGUCCAAGGAUUAAAAUCACUAGCUCCAAACCGUAUUGUAUAUUGCACUAUGGAGGUGGAAGGAGGGGAGAAGCUGCAGACUGACCAGGCAGAAGCUUCAAAACCAACUUGGGGAACACAAGGAGAUUUCAAUACCACACAUGCCCUGCCUGCCGUCAAGGUCAAGCUCUUCACCGAAAGCACAGGGGUUCUUGCACUGGAAGAUAAAGAACUUGGACGGGUUGUUCUACACCCAACACCCAACAGUCCCAAACAGUCGGAGUUCCAUAAAAUGACAGUGUCCAAAAACUGCCCAGAUCAUGACUUGAAGAUCAAAUUAGCAGUCCGAAUGGAUAAACCACAGAACAUGAAGCAUUGUGGGUAUUUAUGGGCGAUUGGUAAAAAUGUAUGGAAGAGAUGGAAAAAGCGCUUUUUCGUCUUGGUCCAGGUCAGCCAAUACACAUUUGCCAUGUGCAGUUACCGAGAGAAAAAAGCAGAACCACAGGAGCUCCUUCAACUGGAUGGAUACACAGUAGACUACACAGAUCCACAGCCAGGCCUAGAGGGCGGACGAUCAUUCUUCAAUGCAGUCAAAGAAGGUGAUACCGUGAUCUUUGCAAGCGACGAUGAACAAGACAGAAUUUUGUGGGUCCAAGCAAUGUACAGAGCAACUGGCCAAUCACACAAACCUGUGCCACCAACUCAGGUUCAGAAACUUAAUGCUAAGGGAGGAAACGUACCGCAACUUGAUGCGCCAAUAUCACAGUUCUAUGCCGACAGAGCUCAAAAACAUGGCAUGGAUGAAUUCAUAUCUUCAAACCCGUGUAACUUUGAUCACGCCACCCUAUUUGAGAUGGUUCAGCGGCUUACACUAGACCAUAGACUUAACGACUCAUAUUCUUGCCUGGGUUGGUUCAGUCCUGGUCAGGUGUUUGUCCUUGAUGAAUAUUGUGCCCGUUAUGGAGUAAGAGGCUGCCAUCGACACCUGUGUUAUCUUAGUGACCUAUUGGAAAGAGCAGAGAAUGGAGCCAUGAUUGACCCAACAUUGCUUCACUAUAGUUUUGCCUUCUGUGCAUCACAUGUACACGGCAACAGGCCUGAUGGCAUAGGAACGGUUACAGUGGAAGAAAAAGAACGAUUUGAAGAGAUCAAAGAACGCCUUCGCUUGCUUCUGGAAAAUCAGAUCACACAUUUUAGGUAUUGUUUUCCAUUUGGCCGACCGGAGGGCGCAUUAAAAGCAACUCUGUCGUUACUGGAAAGGGUUUUAAUGAAAGAUAUAGUUACUCCUGUUCCUCAAGAAGAUGUCAAAAAUGUCAUCCGGAAAUGUUUGGAACAAGCUGCUUUAGUCAACUACACUAGAUUAUCGGAAUAUGCCAAAAUUGAAGGGAAAAAGAGAGAAAUGUAUGAACACCCUGUCUUCUGCUUGGCCUCCCAAGUGAUGGAUUUAACCAUUCAGAAUCAAAAGGAUGCAGAAAAUGUAGGUCGCUUAGUAACUCCUGCCAAAAAGUUAGAAGACACAAUAAGACUGGCAGAGCUUGUCAUUGAAGUACUCCAGCAAAACGAGGAACAUCAUGCCGAGGCGUUCGCUUGGUGGUCAGACUUAAUGGUAGAACAUGCAGAGACAUUCCUUUCUCUUUUCGCGGUGGAUAUGGAUGCAGCUUUGGAGGUGCAGCCACCAGACACAUGGGACAGCUUUCCAUUGUUUCAGCUCCUGAAUGAUUUCCUCCGUAGUGACUAUAACUUAUGCAAUGGAAAAUUCCACAAACAUCUCCAAGACCUGUUUGCUCCACUUGUUGUCAGAUAUGUCGACCUCAUGGAGUCCUCAAUUGCACAGUCAAUUCACAGGGGCUUUGAGCGUGAAUCGUGGGAGCCAGUAAAGAGUUUAACAAGUAAUCUGCCCAAUGUGAAUCUUCCAAAUGUGAAUCUCCCUAAAGUACCUGUAGCCCUACCAGUUAACCUCCCACAAAUGCCUAGCUUUUCUGCACCGUCAUGGAUGGCUGCAAUAUAUGAUUCUGAUAAUGGAUCAGCUACAUCGGAAGAUUUAUUCUGGAAACUUGAUGCCCUACAAACUUUUAUUAGAGACCUCCAUUGGCCUGAAGAAGAGUUUGGAAAACACCUUGAGCAGCGCCUUAAGCUCAUGGCGAGCGAUAUGAUUGAGUCUUGUGUAAAAAGAACUAGAAUUGCAUUUGAGGUGAAGUUGCAGAAAACCAGCAGAUCAACAGAUUUCCGUGUGCCUCAGUCAAUCUGUACCAUGUUUAAUGUCAUGGUUGAUGCAAAAGCACAGUCAACAAAACUCUGCAGUAUGGAAAUGGGACAAGAGCACCAGUACCAUUCAAAAAUUGAUGAGCUAAUUGAAGAAACAGUUAAAGAAAUGAUUACACUUCUAGUGGCAAAGUUUGUGACAAUUCUCGAGGGAGUGCUGUCUAAACUUUCCAGAUAUGAUGAAGGGACUCUAUUUUCUUCAUUUCUCUCAUUUACAUGUCCUUUUUCAUUAAAGGUCAAAGCUGCUUCCAAGUAUGUGGAUGUUCCAAAACCGGGAAUGGACCUCGCUGAUGCCUAUGUCACAUUUGUGCGUCACUCUCAGGAUGUCCUUCGUGAUAAGGUCAAUGAGGAGAUAUAUAUAGAAAGGUUAUUUGAUAAAAGGCUGGAUGAUAAUAAUUCUGUCAUGUGCCUGAGAAUUUUUGAGCAAUGGUACACCAGCUCAAUGAAUGUUGUUUGUACAUGGCUCACUGACCGUAUGGACCUACAGCUUCAUAUCUAUCAGCUUAAAACCCUCAUUAGGAUUGUCAAGAAAACCUAUCGGGAUUUCCGAUUACAAGGUGUACUGGACUCCACGUUAAACAGCAAGACCUACGAUACAAUCCGAAAUCGGCUAACAGUGGAGGAGGCCACAGCUUCAGUCAGCGAAGGAGGAGGCCUCCAGGGUAUAACCAUGAAGGACAGUGAUGAAGAAGACGAAGAAGAUGAUUAAAUAUCUGGUUGUAGAUUCUCAAUGGGAUGUAGCCCGGUACCCAGUGCAUGUCUGUUAGCCACAUUAGGGAAUUUUCUGUCCGCUCCAAAUGCCCAUAACAAUUUUACCAAUACAAUUGUCAUUCUAGCUGUGUGGAUACCAACAAAAUAACGCACUACAUUUGGUUCAUGGGUUUCCUAACGUCAAAUCUAUAGGUUCAUAAGCAAUAUAGAGCACCAUUGUUUAAUACUGUUAAUUGAAAUAUAUAGGAAACAUGCUAGGUAUGUCCCUGUUUUCAGCAAAAAUAUCCAAUGCUUCAUUCCUGUAAUGUAUAUACGUUGAUGGUAAAUUAUUGUGCCUAUGAGUGAAUAGUAAUGUCAUUUCUGUUGCGUGGAUGCCAUCCGCUCAAAUGAAUGAACUAAUAGAGGCUUUGUUUCCAAAAAAAGAGAAAGAGGCUACACCCAAUGAGGUUUAUCUAUAGUGAUAUCAUUCAAAUCCGAGGUUUAUCUCAUGCAAAACUCUAAGUCAUACACUUUUACUUGAACAUUCUGUUAGUUACCAAGAGGUUACAUAUCGGCGGAUUAGUAUUCCAAAACCACAACUGUUCUCGUCCUAGAAAUGAGACAACCGAACAAGCUACUGUCGAAAAAGGAGAAAAAAUAAAUAAAAAUUUUUAUGUUAAUGUCUCUUUAAAUGUUACAUUUUGUUUAGGUUUUAAUAAAAGUGUAUGUAUAAAAAAGAAUUAAAAAACAAAGACAACUUUAUUAACAGACUUAGACUAUAAACUGUGUUUAUAAGAAUAUACAAUACUUAAUUCCGUAGAUUGUAACCUUAAUUUACAUAAUUUUGUGUUCACAAUUGUUUUUAUAUCUGCCAUGUACAUUGCAUUUUGACCAGUAACUGCAUGUCAUCGGGGUCCCUCAAGAAGCUUUUUAUCUGUGUAAAAUAGUGGAUCCAUCUUGCUUUUGCCUUACAAAAGCCUACAGUUGUAAAAGUGUAAGGACUGUGGCUUCUCAAUAAAUAAUUAUUCAGAUGU